AUAUUCGUUUUUGAGCUCUCUACCCGUUAGAUGAGAGAGGGGAGACUUUCAUUGAGGUUUUGUUUGAAACUGCUAGUGAGUCAAGUGAAGCUAAUAGUACAGAACAUGAGAAUGAGUGGGUUACAGUGGCGAAGAAAAAGGGAAACAAAAGAAGUGAAGCUAUGUUGGAAAAUAGGAAACCACUACACUCGUUUUUGGUCAGAGUCAGGGUUUGGAUGAAUGCUACUUGGGAAAUCCGUUUAACGUCUCCAGGAUAAUUUGGAAUGUGUUGGAAGAAAGUGUGGAGUCAGUGAGAGUCACAAAAAGUGGUCUUAUUUUGAUUCUUUUGUGUGUCUGCGGAGCAGAAGAAGCGUGUGCUCAAAACGAUAUCGGAGUGGAAUGUUUCCUGCAUGGGUUUUCGUGGCAGGGCGCCUAUCAAGGGGGUUAUUUCUGGGGUGGCGCAAGAAAUAAAGGCAGAGAAUAUAACUGAAGUGGUUGGUGCACGUCGACUGACUUAUAUGGUGGAUGGAGACAAUACGUUUUCUUCAUCCAUGCUACUGUUCUUUGAUAAAGAGUCUCUCCCUUCUCAUAUGACGUUAGGAUUCAUGAGAUACCCUGUAAGAGCUUUUCUGCUCAAGCCCCUUCAGUGUCAUGAAAGUAAAAGAUUUGGUCAUGUGUCAAGUAUGUACAGAAGGGAAGGAUAUCGUAUGCCAGAUGAAGGGAAAUGCUGCAACUGUGGAGGUGAACAUGCACCAGAAUUCUUGAAGUGCCAUACUAGGGUGAAGGAUAAUGAGGUUUAAGCAGUGUCCAGCGUGUUUCCUAUCUGGAGGCGGUGAGAAAAUUGGAAGGAACGAGUGCCGGUGAAAAAGCAAUGGUUGUAGAGCCACCAAGACCAGUGAAGGUUUUUCAUCAAAUGAGGGAUAGUGAAAUGCUACAUGUUGAAAAGGUGGACUUUGUAUUAUUUAUUGCAAUGGUCAUAAACUGUACAGCACAAGUGGGGAAGAAGUCUAAGAAAAUUGGAAUAAUUGUGAAUGCCACUGAACGUUUUGGGGGUCUUAGUGAUUUUACAGCCAAGGUGGUGCAAGAUAUUCUGUCUGUUAAUGUAGCCCCAUCACAGGCCCAUGAGCCUGUGUAGGGAUGCAUUUUGGAGUGGACUGUGAUUGAAGAAGUGUGACAGUUUUAUUUUAUUUUUUAAUGGUUUUUAGCUUACGUGUUUGAUUUUGUAUUAUAUAAUUUUACCCCUUUCCCGGAAUGUUUUUUUAAAAGUUCUUAAUUAAUACCACGUCCAGCUGGUGUCGGUAAUGCACCGUUAACAUUGGAAGCCAAUCGCCGUUAAACCCCAUCGAAGAAGAAGAAGAAGUAGCAGCAGCAGCAGCAGCAAAUGUAUUUUCGUCACAAGUGUAGACGAACUGACGCUGACUAUAACGGAGAUGAAAAUAGGAAUAGGGGCCCUUUGAAGCGGUAUAACUACCGGAAACGUGGAGCUGAUGGCAGUAUGAGAUCAAAUGAGGACAUGGACUCCACCAGUGAUCUGAAGAAGAGUAAUGUCAACCACAGACACACUGAUAUCAGACCUGUUAGUUGUACCACUCCUGAAAGUGAAGGUCCAGUUCCCAGAUGCAUGGACUGGGAGCGUGAAGUGGAGACUGAAGAAAUGUGCUCAAGCGUCUGUUGUGACAUGCAACGUUACAGGAGGAGGACACUGGCAGCAGAGUUUGGUCCAAGGGAACGGAAGAAUUCUUCAGGGAGCUCAGAUUCCAGAGACUCUCCAGUCCCUGGUGAGGUCAUGGAGGAGGAUGAGGAAGUCCUGAUGAGGAGGCAGAAACAGAUCACAUAUGGGAAGAACACACUCGCCUACGACAGAUAUAUAAAGGAAGUACCCAAGCACUUGAGGCAGCCAGGAGUUCAUCCUAAAACUCCUAACAAGUUUAAGAAAUACAGCCGGCGCUCAUGGGACCAGCAGAUUAAAUUGUGGAAGGUGAAGAUUCACGCGUGGGACCCCCCAGCCCAGGAGGGCAGGGAGCUGCAGGCCAUAUAUGAGGUUGACUUGGAUGAUGUAAUGGAUAUUGAGCUAGAGUUCCCUGAGCUCGAUUCCGACUCAAGCGCACAGCCUCCUAAAGUCAGCAAGGCCUCUUCGUCUCAAGCAGACUCCUUCCAAGUAACUCCCUAGAUGAUGAAAAUGGAUACAUCAGUUGACCUUGAAAUGGCCUAAAUGUCCUUGGUGGUUGAGAGGAUAAUGUGGAAUGGCCUGGGGUAUUGAUUUCCCCCAACACCAUGUUUGAAAUGGAUGCAUCCACCAGUGAUCACCUCCUUUUGGUGGAAUGCAGUUUCUGGUAGAGACAUGCCUCAGACCCAUUCUCAGCUGUCUUUUGACAGCUAUCACCCAGUAGGGCAAAAAUUAUUGAAUGCUUAAAAUACCAGGACAAAUUGAUGAUAGAUUGAAUUCAAGUCAGUGACCUGAAUUGUGUAUCACAUUUUUUUGAAAUUGUGUUGUGAAUGCUUGCAUUGUAUUUUAUAGUUGAUUGCCUUGUAUGCUGAGAACAUCUUUAUUGUGAGUAGUUGAAGUGUUUGUUUUUGUUCAAUUAUAUAUUUUUUAUAUAUAAACUUUGAAUACAAUGUUGUACUGUAUUUUCUUAGGCUUUCAAAAAACAUGUUGAUAAUGGGAUUUUUAUCAGCAGGUAAAACAUAAUAAUAAUGGGACAUAAUGCCUCAAGCUUUUAUUUUUCUGGAUAUGCUUUUUCUGCUUCCUAACUGGCUUGUAGCUGAGACAUACAGAGGAUGUUAUUCGUUUUUAUAC